GUUAAAAGCAUAGGGGAGCUACGACCGGCCGAUGAAGAUACUGGUAGCCGUGAAACGGGUCGUCGACUACGCCGUCAAGAUCCGGGUCAAACCCGAUAAGACGGGUGUCGAUACCCAGAAUGUGAAGAUGUCGAUGAAUCCGUUCUGCGAGAUCGCGCUUGAAGAAGCCCUUCGGAUCAAGGAGGCGGGUAUCGCUGGCGAAGUCGUCGCCGUCAGCAUCGGACCCGCCCAGUGCGUUGACACGCUGCGGACGGGUCUAGCGAUGGGUGCGGACCGGGCAAUCCACGUGGAGGCAAAUCGGGACCUUGUUCCUCUGACGAUUGCUAAGAUCAUGAAGAAGCUUGCUGAAAUCGAGAAUCCUGGGCUGGUCUUCCUCGGAAAACAGGCGAUAGAUGAUGACUGCAACCAGACUGGACAAAUGGUUGCAGGCUUGCUUGGUUGGCCACAGGCAACAUUUGCCUCAAAGGUUGUAUUGGAUAAGGGCAAACAGAUGGCAACAGUGGAUCGAGAAGUGGACGGCGGUCUAGAGACCAUUAGUGUGGACUUACCUGCUGUGAUAACAACUGACUUGAGACUGAACCAACCGAGAUACGCAACACUUCCCAACAUAAUGAAGGCAAAGUCGAAGCCGAUAAAGAAAAUGACGCCGCAGGAUCUGGAGGUAGACGUUAAAUCCGACGUCGAGAUGGUUGAAGUGACAGAGCCCCCCAAGAGGAAAGCCGGAGUCAUGGUUUCUUCGGUGGAUGAAUUGAUUGAUAAGCUCAAAAACGAAGCUCAUGUUCUUUGAAAAUAUCCCCAUUCAGUACAUGUUCCAAUGUGACGGACACACACACACAUUGUUGUUUCAGGCAGGAAGCACAAGUGAAUAAAUAAAGUUUGAAUCUUUAGGACAAAUGCCAAAGGGUUCAAAUCCCUAGCGGAUUAAACGCAUCCAACUGGUUUCCUAUUGA